AUGGAGCCGGGGCUGUGGCUCCUUUUCGGGCUCACGGUGACCGCCGCAGGGUUCAUGCCUCACCCCCAACCUGGGGAUGCUGGCAGGAGUGGCAUCCCCCAGGGCCCCCCUGAAGCCAGAUCUGAGGGGGACCCUGAAGAGACGGGGGCUGGCCCCGGUGACAGGACUGCGGCUCCGGGUCCAAGCCCUAGCCCUGGGCAGGAGCAGACAAGUCAGGCCAGGGACCAGGAAGCUGAGAAGGGCCCUGAGCAUCAUCGGUCCAGGCGCUGUACCUGCUUCACCUACAAGGACAAGGAGUGUGUCUACUAUUGCCACCUGGACAUCAUCUGGAUCAACACCCCUGAACAGACUGUGCCCUAUGGGCUGUCAAACUACAGAGGAAGCUUCCGGGGCAGAAGGUCCGUGGGGCCGUCUUGGGGGAGCCGGCAGCCAUCGGAGCAGACGCACACGCGAUGUGCAUGUGUGGGGCGAGAGGACAAGGCCUGCCUACACUUUUGCACCCAAACUCUGAAUGCCAGCAGCAGCUCAAGGACAGCAACAAAGCCAGACAAAGAAGAGGAAGAGAAGGCGAGAGGGGCCGACAGAGGCCUGCGUCAGAAGAUGGUAAAGUCAAGGACAGACAAAGCAAGUAGGCUUUAG